AUGCAAAAUGUCUUCAAAGGCGAGCGAAAUGUGACACAUGAGAGGGGUCUCUUUUAUGGAAAAAAGCAGAGGGAGAAUGAAACGUUUGGGAAAUUCCACGCGCAAUCAAGCGCUUUUGUGGGCAGGUGUGAUUUUGCUAAUGCGGCCGGAAAUAAAAAUCGAAUAGUCGAGUACAGCGAAGUUGAAAGUGACAAAGAUGAGGAGAGCGAAUGGGCAGUCGUGGGGCGCGAGGGCGAAGCCGAGAAAACUGCAGCGAGCGGAGCGAACGAACCGUCGGGAACGGAUAAAGAACAAACACCGAAAAUCGUCGGUAUUAAAAGGAAGCUGGAAGAAGAGGCUGAUUUUCCAGUGGCGUUCAGUCUGAUAGUGUAUCGCUACUUCGACCAGGUGGAACAACUGUUGAGCAGCAUCUACAGAAGUCACAACUUGUACUGCUUCCACGUCGACACCAGUGCAGACAGCUUAUUCAAAGAACAGAUGGAGGCGCUAGUCAGCUGUUUCGGAGACAACGUUUUUCUCGCGCCCAACCCCGUCAAUACAGCCUGGGCACGGCCGACUCUUCUUCUCUCCGAGUUAGCCUGCAUGCAAGAACUGCGGAGACGCUCCAACAAGUGGAAGUACCUCAUCAACUUGACAGGGGAGGAGUUUCCUCUAGUAACCAACCUAGAGUUGGUCACCAUACUCAAAAAGCUGAAUGGGUCAAAUCUCCUAGGAUAUAUGAAACAACCAACAUCAAUUUACGGAGAGCUUGAGGGCGAUCAACAUAAGAGAUUGCCGAAGAGACUUCCCAAAGGUAUGCGCCCGUUUAAAAGCUCAACUCACGUUGUACUCACUUACGACGCCGUAAAAUUUAUCCUCGAAGACCGUUGGGCGGAGACACUGCACAAAAUUCUACAGAAACAAGUCUUUAUGAACGAGGAACACUUUUUUGCACUGCUUCAUUACAACGUCAACAUAACCCAUUUCCCAGGGUCUCAUUGGAUAAAUGAGGGCGCGAGUCACCCAGCUACUCAGUUUGAGCCCCGCUACAAAAAAUGGCAGGUCUCAAAAAAGUCACGCUGCAUUAGUGGCAGAAUUCGACACUACAUCUGCGUAGUUGGUGCACGAACUCUACCAGAAUUAGUGAACACUUUUUACGGAACAGCUCUGUACGUGAACAAAUUCAUCUGGACUUUUCAGUCGCUAUCUUGGGACUGUAUGAUGACUUGGCAUCACUCGAAAGUGGAUCAGGAGUUGAAAAGAGGUGCAGUUUCUAGCAAGUUUCUAGAGAUGAUGAAUGCAGAUCACUCGCCAAUUUUGAACAUUAUUCAUAAUAAUACCAGAUAGAUAAUGAUGAACAAUUUCAUCAAGUUCAUUUUCAAAAAGUCGAUUCAAAAUAAUCAAAGUCGAUCAAUAAAUUACGGAUUGGAAUUUAAAACUAAAGAAAGAUAGUGAACCAAUUAGCCUGCUUCUAAUUCAAUUGCAAUCCUUCUUGCUUCUUAUAAGAACUCAAUUCUUGAAGCUUUAGACGA